CCGGUCAUGACCAUCGCCCUCCUACCUUCAGCGCAGCGUUUGUCCCGUCUCUCCAUUUGUACCCACGGGCCUGCAUUCACCUCCCUAUCCAUCAGCACACAGAACGUCAAAACAUCUGACAAUGCGCGAUAGCAUGUGGCACAGCUGAAGAUGUUCCUCGCGGCCGAUGACGUCCACCGUCAGAAUUUUUUCGGCCUUGGACAGCCCUUUUUCGACCGUUAUUCCUGUGCGAGGCUGCAAAGUAAAACAAAACCGAUGAUGUUCUCCUGCGGCCUCCUCAUCACGAUGCUGGUGCUGUACAUUAUCUGGGAUGUCAACUACUUCAUCCGGUGCGUGGCCACGCUCGGCUACGGCAUGCUGUUUCAGCGCAAACGCCGCGUCACCGACCAAACUUCGAUCUACGGGCUGUGCACCACCCAGGACGUGGACAUCUUCAUCCGGCACAUGAACAACGCACGGUACGUGCGCGAGCUGGACUUUGCGCGGUUCCACUUUUACGCCCUGACCGGAAUCUACGGCAAGAUCAAGGCCAAGGGUGGCGGCGCCGUGCAGGGUGCGUCCAGCGUCCGGUAUCGGCGCACGAUUCCGAUCUUUAGCGCGUACAAGAUCACGACGCGACUGGUUUGGUGGGACGACAAGGCGAUCUACCUGGAGCAACAGUUUGUGACGCUGGGCGAUGGGUUCGUGCGGGCGGUGGCCAUGUCCAAGCAGUGCAUCACGAAGGUCGACGUGGUGGAGAUGAUGAAACAGUUUCCGGGGGCGGAACAGCGACCUACGAUGCCGGAGGAGCUGCGCCAAUGGCUAGAGGCGAUCGAGACUAGCAGUCAGAAGCUGCGGAAGGAGAAGUGAAUGCUCGCGAAGGGACGUUCGGAACAGUGAAUAGCGCGACGGGGGGUUUGGUGCAAAAUAACGUUUUUGUUUAUAAUUUAAUGCUAUACCUUAUUGCAUUCCCAUGGAGUGGUAUAUAAAAUAAAAUAAUACAUUUUUGUUU